CCAAAAACAAGCAACAAGCAACCACCAAAAACAUAAAGCAACUUGGAAAAAUAAAACAAGCCUGAAUUGGCAACUCUGAAUCCCGUCCCUCCCCCCGCCUGUCACACCAUGCUGCUGCUGCCGCCGCUGCCGCCGGCACUCUCCUGACACGUGACCAUGCCGGGCCGCGCGGCGCUCCCCGGCUGCUGGUAACCACGGCAACGGCGCCGCCUGGACACAGGAUCCCGCGACAGCUCCGGGCCGGAAGCAGGAAGUGAGAGAGCGGCGGCUGCUGGACUCAAGCGGGGGGCGUGAUACCGGCUGUCCCGACUGAUCCACGGGAGAUGGAGGGGCCACAGGCCGCGGGGCCUCUGCUGAGGACGGGGAGCGGCGCGGAGACCCGCUGUAAAUACAAGGCUACACCGCCAGCGUCCCGCCUAGAAUGCCUCUUCUUCCUGGUUCCAUUCCACCCUGCCAGUCUGGUGAUAUGAUCCCGCCGAGUCCUCCGCUGCCACUCUACACACGGUGGAGUCACCGAUGCCUGUGAUCCCCAUUCCUCGCCGGGUUCGGUCAUUCCACGGCCCUCACACCACCUGCCUCCAUUCCGCCUGCGGACCAGUGCGGACUACACACUUGGUGCGCACAAAGUACAACAACUUUGACAUCUACUUGAAGUCCAGAUGGAUGUACGGCUUCAUCCGCUUCCUGCUGUACUUCAGCUGCAGUCUUUUCACUUCCAUCCUCUGGGUGGCGCUGUCCGGCCUGUUUUGCCUCCAGUAUCUGGGCAUCCGAGUGUUCCUGCGUCUCCAGUACAAACUGUCCAUCAUUCUGCUGCUGCUGGGGCGGAGGCGUGUCGACUUUAGCCUGGUGAACGAGCUGCUUAUUUAUGGGAUUCACGUAACCAUGCUGCUGGUCGGAGGACUGGGGUGGUGUUUUAUGGUGUUUAUAGAUAUGUAAAUAGGUGCAUGCGGAUGACAAAUGCUCUUACUCGCCUCUUCAAAUAGGAUUCCGUCUUGUUUCCCCAUUAUUUAUCGAUACAAGCAAAUUCUUUUUUUAAUAAACGCAUGUAACUACACGUCA